AUGGGAAGCCAGAUUCCGCAACAACAACAACAACAGCGACCAAGCAUCCUUUCGUACAAUACGGGAUGGUUGGCAAACGGCGUGUCAUGGAGCACGAGAGAAAAUGCACCAUUCCGCUUUGCUGUUUCAUCGUACAUACAGGAAUUUAAGAACUAUGUGGAUAUUGUGCAAAAGAAUGAUGAGGGGGAGUUAGUUUGCAGAGCAACGUGGAGUCACAGCUACCCACCAACGAAGGUUAUGUUUGCCCCUCCCAAGGCAGGAUCAGAUCUGAUCAUCACGACGGCAGAUUAUAUGCGACUCUGGGAAGUGAAGGAGGGGCCUCCAGAAAGCAAUGAACGCAGCGAUGAGCGACACCGAGAGGUCGAUGAUCCGCGCCGCGUUCCAUCAAAAAUGGAUCAUAUCGACUCACACGUUUCGUUCAAGAUGGCGUUCGAAUAUGGUAAACAACCGAAUGAUCUCUGCUUUCCUGUUACUUCAUGUGACUGGAAUACCGAUGACCCGAAUGUCGUAGGGUGUUGCAGCGUAGACACAACAGUGACCAUAUGGGACCUGGAAACUGGAAAAAACACGCGGCUCAUUGCACACGAUAAAGAUGUGUAUGACAUUGCCUUCGCAAAGGGAACCCAUACAUUUGCUAGCUGCGGCGCAGACGGAUCUGUCCGAGUUUUUGACCUGCGUGAAAUUGAGCAUUGUACCAUUCUUUAUGAGUCAAGUUCCCUCUUCCCGCUUCUGCGAGUGGCUUGGGACAAUUCUGAUCGGACAUACAUUUCAACAUUUGGGGUUGAAGGAACGGAGGUGAUCGUUAUAGAUAUACGCUUCCCAGCGGUAGCGGUAGCAUCGUUAAAGAGUGCAAACCCACAACCCAUUAACAGCGUUUGUUGGGCGCCAAACUCCAUGAUAAAUCUCUGCAGCGCAGGGGAGGAUGGCACAGCGAACAUUUGGGACCUUAACGAGCUACCAAACGUGGAGGCGAAAUGCAUCAUGAGCUGUAAAGUGGAGAAUCCAAUCAACAACAUCUCGUGGUCCUCCCAACACGAGCAGUGGAUAGCAAUCACAACUGGGAAUGAGGCGCAGCUACUACACGUGUAA